GCCCAGCGAAGCCCUACCCCCGGCCUCCCCAUGUCGGCCGCCCCCGCCUACAGCGAAGACAAGGGCGGCUCCGCCGGCCCCGGGGAGCCCGAAUACGGCCACGACCCGGCGAGCGGCGGCAUCUUCUCCUCCGACUACAAGCGGCACGACGACCUGAAGGAGAUGCUGGACACUAACAAGGACUCCCUCAAGCUGGAGGCCAUGAAGCGGAUCGUGGCGAUGAUCGCCCGUGGGAAGAAUGCCUCGGACCUGUUCCCCGCCGUGGUGAAGAAUGUGGCCUGUAAGAACAUAGAGGUGAAGAAGCUGGUUUACGUGUACCUGGUGCGCUACGCCGAGGAGCAGCAAGACCUGGCCCUGCUGUCCAUCUCCACCUUCCAGCGUGGCCUGAAGGACCCCAACCAGCUGAUUCGCGCCAGCGCCCUCCGCGUUCUCUCGAGCAUCCGCGUGCCCAUCAUCGUGCCCAUCAUGAUGCUCGCCAUCAAAGAGGCGGCCUCGGACAUGUCCCCCUACGUGCGGAAAACAGCCGCCCACGCCAUCCCCAAACUCUACAGUCUGGACUCGGACCAGAAGGACCAGCUGAUAGAGGUCAUCGAGAAGCUGCUGGCCGACAAGACCACGCUGGUGGCCGGCAGCGUGGUGAUGGCCUUCGAGGAGGUGUGCCCCGAGCGCAUCGACCUGAUCCACAAGAACUACCGCAAGCUGUGCAACCUGCUCAUCGACGUGGAGGAGUGGGGCCAGGUGGUCAUCAUUAGCAUGCUCACCCGCUACGCGCGCACGCAGUUCCUGAGCCCCACCCAGAACGAGUCCCUGCUGGAGGAGAGCCCCGAGAAGGCCUUCUACGGCUCGGAGGAGGACGAGGCCAAGGGCCCGGGGUCGGAGGAGGCGGCCGCCGCGGCGCUCCCGGCCCGGAAGCCCUACGUCAUGGACCCCGACCACCGGCUGCUGCUGCGCAACACCAAGCCGCUGCUGCAGAGCCGCAGCGCCGCCGUGGUCAUGGCGGUGGCACAGCUCUACUUCCACCUGGCGCCCAAGGCCGAGGUGGGCGUCAUCGCCAAGGCGCUGGUGCGCCUGCUGCGCAGCCACAGUGAGGUGCAGUACGUGGUGCUCCAGAAUGUGGCCACCAUGUCCAUCAAGCGCCGGGGCAUGUUUGAGCCAUACCUGAAGAGCUUCUACAUCAGGUCCACCGACCCCACCCAGAUCAAAAUCCUGAAGCUGGAAGUGCUCACCAACCUGGCCAAUGAGACCAACAUCCCUACUGUCCUGCGCGAGUUCCAGACCUACAUUCGCAGCAUGGACAAGGACUUCGUGGCAGCCACGAUCCAGGCCAUUGGGCGCUGUGCGACGAACAUAGGCCGAGUCCGCGACACCUGCCUCAGCGGCCUGGUGCAGCUCCUGUCCAACCGUGAUGAGCUUGUGGUAGCAGAGUCGGUGGUUGUCAUCAAGAAGUUAUUGCAGAUGCAGCCAGCGCAGCACGGGGAGAUCAUCAAACACUUGGCAAAGCUCACAGACAACAUCCAGGUGCCCAUGGCCCGAGCCAGCAUCCUGUGGCUCAUCGGCGAGUACUGUGAACACGUCCCCAGGAUUGCGCCGGACGUCCUGAGAAAGAUGGCCAAGUCGUUCACGGCGGAGGAGGACAUUGUCAAGCUGCAGGUCAUCAACCUGGCGGCCAAGCUGUACCUGACCAACUCCAAGCAGACCAAGCUGCUGACCCAGUAUGUGCUGAGCCUGGCCAAGUACGACCAGAACUAUGAUAUCCGGGACCGGGCGCGCUUCACCCGGCAGCUCAUCGUCCCCUCGGAGCAGGGCGGGGCCCUCAGCCGCCACGCCAAGAAGCUCUUCUUGGCACCUAAGCCAGCUCCGGUCUUGGAGUCAUCUUUCAAAGACCGGGACCACUUCCAGCUGGGCUCUCUGUCCCACCUGCUCAAUGCCAAGGCCACAGGCUACCAGGAGCUCCCAGACUGGCCAGAGGAAGCCCCAGACCCAUCUGUGCGCAACGUGGAGGAAGAAGACCUCUCCCUUACUGAGACCCACGUGGGCCUGUUGGGCGAAUACAUCGAGGUGCCCGAGUGGACCAAGUGCUCGAAUCGGGAGAAGAGGAAGGAGAAGGAGAAACCUUUCUACUCCGACUCGGAGGGGGAGUCCGGCCCCACAGAGUCCGCAGACAGCGAGCCAGCGUCUGAGAGUGAAUCGGAUAGUAAGAGCAGCAGCGAGAGUGGCUCUGGGGAGUCCAGCAGUGAGUCUGAUAACGAAGACCAGGAGGAAGAUGAGGAGAAAGGUGGAGGCAGUGAGAGUGAACAGAGUGAGGAGGAAGGUGAGAAGAGGAAGAUGAAGAAGAGAAAGAAGGCGCCGGCGGGCCGGGGGGAGGGCUUGUCCUCAGACGAGGGCAGCGAGUCCAGCAGCAGCUCCUCGGAGUCCGAGGAGACGUCGGAGUCUGAAGAGGAGCAGGCAGAGCCCGCCUCCUGGAAGCAGAAGACGCCCCCCAGCAGCAAAAGUUCCCCGGCAGCCAAGGAGGUCUCCCUGCUGGAUCUGGAAGACUUCACCCCUCCCAGUGUCCAGCCCGUGUCGCCCCCCACCGUUGUGUCUGUCAGUCUCGCUGCUGACCUGGAGGGCCUCACGCUUACAGACACCUCCCUGGUGCCCUCGCUGCUGAGCCCCGUGUCCGGUGUCAGGAGGCAGGAGCUGCUGCACCGGGUAGCUGGCGAGGGGCUGGCUGUGGACUAUGCCUUCAGCCGCCAGCCUUUCUCUGGCGACCCCCACAUGGUGUCCGUGCACAUCUACUUCUCCAACAGCUCAGACACCCCCAUCAAGGGCCUGCAUGUGGGCACCCCUAAACUGCCCGCCGGCCUCAGCAUCCAAGAAUUCCCCGAAAUCGAGUCUCUGGCACCUGGAGAAACCGCCACUGCGGUGAUGGGCAUCAAUUUCUGCGACUCAACCCAGGCAGCCAACUUCCAGCUGUGCACCCAAACCCGGCAGUUCUACGUCUCCAUUCAGCCUCCUGUUGGGGAGCUGAUGGCCCCCGUGUUCAUGAGUGAGAAUGAGUUCAAGAAGGAACAGGGAAAGCUGACAGGCAUGAACGAGAUCUCGGAGAAGCUCGUGCUGCCGGACGCCUGUCGGAGCGACCACGUCGUGGUGCAGAAAGUGACAGCCACUGCCAACCUGGGUCGAGUCCCUUGUGGGGCAGCUGAAGAGUACAGGUUUGCAGGAAAGACCCUGACCAGCGGGAGCCUGGUGCUGCUGACCCUGGACGCCCGGCCAGCUGGAGCUGCCCAGCUGACCGUCCACAGCGAGAAGAUGGUGAUUGGCACCAUGCUGGUGAAGGACGUGGUGCAGGCCCUGAGCCGGUGACUCCCAAAUGCCAGCACCUCGGCCCACCUCCCCUGCCCGUGACAAGCAGGCUGUCUCUGUUUCUCCCCCUCUCAGCCUCCACACCAGGGUCCCCUCCCCUCCCACGAGUUUCCUGGUGACCCCAGCUCCCUGUAGCUGUGUAUGUAGGAGAGUCUUAAUAAAGUAUGUU